AUGGUUUCUGUCUUUACGUUCCACAUUCAUUGCAGUUUUGUCGUCAAGUUGAUUCCGCUCAGCGUUGCGGGCGCCCUGGUUCUUGUUCCUACAGUGAUGGCGGAGGCAGCUCUGGCAGCGCUGGCGUCGGCCGCCCCGGCGGCCGGGGACGCGGGCAUGCCUGCAGCUCAGCGCGAGGUCCGGGCCCCCACAGGCUUGGACGAAGUGGUGAAUCUCAUAGGCCGGAUUGUCAUUCGUCACGAUCGUUCUCUGCAGAUGCUCCAGGAUCUGAACUCGGUGUCUGUGCUGGUCUUCCACACCGGCCCCAAGGACAAGGUCUCGGCGGUCCGGAAGGACUGGCGCGACAAGAAGCCGGAGACCGGUCCCCACCCGUGCGGGCACUCUCUGCGCGCCAUGAUCUGGGCCUCUCUCAUCACGGAGUUGAAGACGGCGCACUCGGCGCACGUGUCCACGCUGAAGGCGCCUCCGGUGGAGCAGCCCGUCAUUGACAAGGCGCUGGCGCAGGGGCGGGCGCUGGAGGAGCUGAGCAAGCAGGUGCUGUCCGACAUCGAGACGGCCUUCUUCCGCAUCCAGCCGAAGUUCGAGGACCCCCUCCCGGAGGAGGACCCGGCGUGGGUGUGGACCCUGACGCUCAGCCGGCAGGCGCCCGUGGAGUUCAUCAAGCUCCUGGCUCAGGUGGCGGAUUUUGGAUCGAAGUCCAAAGCCAUCCGGUUGGUGCACAGCCGCAGCGAGGACGGCCCGCAGAUCCAGCAGCUGCAGGCCUCGGUCGGCAAGGGCAAGGGCAAGGGUGGUGGUGGUCAGACGGGUCGCAAGCGCCGCAGGCGCGGGACCGAUCAAGAGAUGUUAAUUGAGGUCGUCCUGCAUGCACCGGGCCCUCCUCCCCUCUUCCGGGCCCCACGGGGCCGGGGGGAGGGCCCACUGCCCCCUCGGGGGCCCAGGGCGCCCCGGCGCCACGGGCCGCCGCCACGGGCCUAA